AUGACAGAUAAUAAAAUAUAGGAACUUUAGAGCGCAAUAAUAUAAUUACAAAACAAAUGUGUUGUUGAUGCGAGAUAUGUUAAUAGCGAAUAAGAUAUUGACAGAUAAAUGAGUGAAAUUACUCUCUCUUAGGAGGAUAAAAUUAUUAGCUAACUAGUUUUUUGCAUAACAUAAAUACUGAAAGACAAACUUGAUCCUUCAGAAAGUGAAAGUGAUAUUUGGACUCAUGUAAAUAAUUUUCUUGUAGGAAGAUAUGCCUUAGAAUUUAUCAAAUAAAAAUGCACAACAAUUCCUCAAGAUAAAUAAAAGCUAAAACUUUGGAUUCUGCUUGAAAUUUCGCAAAAAACUUUAGACAAUGUUUUUGAUCAUAUUGCAGCAACUGAUUUUUUAUCUUAAUACAAAGUAGAAAGCUGCUUUAGAUAAAAUUUUGUUAAAUUAGUUGAAUUAUCUAAGAUGUUGCAGUAAUAAAAUUAUAAAAUUAGUGGCAGAUUACCUUAGUACUUUGAAAAGUAUGUUUAGGAAUAAGGAAUCAAAGAUGCCAAAUUUCUUCCAGUUGGUAAUUAAAACUAAUAAUAGGCAUAAAAUUAAAAUACAUAACUAACUCCAAACAAUACAAAUAAUCAUAAUCUAAACCAUUAAAACAACCUUUUAUCUAAUUAUACUGUUGUUCCUAGUAUAGUUGAUAUCACUCCAAAGCAUCUAUUAUCAAACUAAGAGACCCCUGUUAACAUGAAUAACAGUCUUAGGCUUAAAGAAAAUUAGAAUUCUUCUAUAAAAAUUGAAAUCAAUGGAAUUUCUUAAAUUUCAAGAGUAGUUGAGGAAUCAGAAGAAGAUAGAACAGGAAGAAAUAAUAUGAAUAUUGAUGUUAAACUUUUGUUAGCUAACGGAAGAUCAUCAACUGCUUUAUUCAAUCCUCAUGGUGCCAAUAGAGCCACCUUAGCAAAUUCUGACUCUAUGGCUAAUCUUUAUCCAAAGUUGGUGACUCCAACUCCUGAUGAAGGGAAGUAUACAAAAAGAAAACUUCCUUCUGAGUAUCUAUUCAAAACCAGAUACGCUAACAUAACAGAGAGAUUCUCUGAUAAAUUCCAAGUUUAAAGCACAAUUUCAGGAUAGGACGGAAAAUGUCAUGAGUGCCAAGCUAAAAUAUCAAAAGGUCUCUACCUAAUCGGAAAUAAUGCAUAUUUUUGUCACUACACAGGCUUCUGGUACUGCUAUAAUUGUAUAGCAGUAGAUAAAAAACCAAUUCCUUGGAAGGCUUUAGAAUCUUUUGACUUGACUUCAUACAAAGUAUGUAAAAAAGCAGAAAAAGAAAUAAAUAAUCUUUAUGCAAAACCUAUAAUUUAAUUCGAAUACAGUGAUUAAGUAGUCCAGAGUAACUAAAUUCUUGGUGAUUUUAUGAUCUUAAAAAGACAGAUAUAUCUUUUAUAUAACUUUUUAUGUCAUCCAGAAUACCUUGAAAAAUAUCUUGAAAACAGUCUUAAUUUAUUGAUUAAGCCAAAUAUUUUCAGUCUCAAGAAUUUCUAUGAUAUAAAUAACGGCUCUUUACCCAAACAAGUGGAAGAAACUUAUAAAUUAUUCUAAACUCAUGUACAAGAAUGUGAGAAAUGCCAAAAGAAAGGAAUUGAGUGCUCACUUUGUAAAUAACCCUAAAAAAUAUAUUUAUUUGAUAUUAAGAAUACUUCUCUUUGUGAGAAAUGUGAUACACUUUAUCACCGUACUUGCUUUUAAGAAAAGAAUUGUGAAACUUGCAUGCACGAAAAUUGA